AUGGCUGUGGGAUUCAAACAAUCUGCAAUGGCCACACACAGAGUUAUUCUGAGUGUUGUAUUCCCAGUGUUGUUGAGUUUAGGCAUAUGCCAUGCAGCUAGAGACCUCCUCGCACUUGAUGUAGGAGCUGGCUACACUUUGGGGUCAGGCACCGGCUCCGGUGCCGGCCAUGGCAUUGGUGGUGGUGGUGGUUCCAGGUAUGUGGGUGGUGCUGUUGGUGGGUAUGGUGGUGGAGCCGGCUCUGGCGGAGGUGGCGGCGGCGGACUUGUAGGGGGACAUGGUGCUGGGGGCUAUGGAAGCGGAGGAGGUAGCGGAGGUGGUGCAGGUAGGGGCUAUGGAGCCGGAGGUGCUGGUGGUGGAAGUGGUGGCGGAGGUGGUACCGGCGGUGGUGGAUCCGGAAGUGGAGGAGGCAGUGGUGGUGGUGCUGGCGGUGGUUCUGGGGGUGCUGGUGGUGGAUAUGGAGGAGGCGGUGGAAGUGGUGGUGGUGGCGGUGCUGGAGGCGAGCAUGGUGGUGGAUAUGGAAGUGGAGGAGGUAGUGGUGGCGGCGCUGGUGGGGGUUCUGGGGGUGCAGGAGGAGCUGGGGGUGGAUAUGGAGGUGGUAGCGGUGGUGGUGGCGGUGGUGGUGCUGGAGGUGACCAUGGUGGCGGAUAUGGAGGUGGUUCCGGUUCAGGAGGUGGUGGAGGAUAUGGUCGAGGAGGAGGUGCAGGCGGUGGAGCUGGUGGAGGCGGAGGCAGCGGUGGUGGAGGUGGGGCAGGACACGGAGGCGGUUCAGGAAGUGGAAGUGGGGGUGGCUAUGGUUCCGGAGGAGGGCAUGGUGGAGGCGCCGGUGGCGGAGGUGGGAGCGGCAGUUGUGGCGGAGGGGGUUUCGGAGGUGGAGGUGGCCAAGGAGGUGGUGGCGGAUAUGGAAGCGGCGGAGGAUCAGGCGGCGGUUUUGGAGGUGGCGCAGGUGGUGGCGGCGGCGGCGGCUCAGGUGGAGGAGGUGGACAUGGGCCAGGAGGCGGUGGCGGAUAUGGAGGAGGCAGUGGGAGUGGCGGGGGUGGGGGUCAUGGCUACUUCCCUUGA